AUGACGAGCCUCCGUGCCGCCCCUCAUCCCACCAUGGCCGCGGCGCUUCCCUCGCAGCAGCUCGCAUCGUCGCUCACAUCACAUGCACACCUCGCAUCCGUCGCAGCAACCUCACGUGCGACUCUAAGAGCAGUCGCCCAACCGCCUCUGCGAUCGUCGCUGUUCGCCACCAGCACGUCCACCGCGUUCGCGGAGUCGUCGGGCCUCCUGGGCUGCACAGUGGGGAGCAUCGCGCGGCGCGCGGCACGGCGUGCAGGGCCGUCGGGGCGGGUGGUGGUGCGCGCGGCGGUGUUCGACCAGCUGAGCUCGAGCCUGGAGCAGGCGUGGACCAAGCUGCGCGCGCAAGACAAGCUGACGCGCGACAACAUCAAGGAGCCGAUGCGAGACAUUCGGCGCGCGCUGCUCGAGGCCGAUGUGAGUCUGCCGGUGGUGCGGCGGUUUGUGCGCGAGGUGACGGAGAGGGCGGUGGGCGUGGACGUGAUCCGCGGCGUGCGGCCGGACCAGCAGCUCGUCAAGGUGGUGAACGACCAGCUCGUCGCGCUCAUGGGCGGCAACGUGGCGGAGAUCGCGUACGCGCCCGAGGGCAAGGGCCCCACCGUGGUGCUCAUGGCGGGGCUGCAGGGCGUCGGCAAGACCACCGCGUGCGGCAAGCUCGCUCUCUUCCUCAAGAAGAAGGGCAAGGCGAGCAUGCUGGUGGCCACGGACGUGUACCGCCCCGCCGCCAUCGAGCAGCUGCAGACGCUGGGCGCGCAGGUGGGCGUGCCGGUGUACGCGGAGGGCACGGACGCGCGGCCAGUGGACAUCGCACGGCAGGGCGUGGCGGCCGCCAAGAAGGCGGGCGUGGAUGUCGUCAUUGUCGACACAGCUGGUCGCCUGCAGAUAGACCGCAGCAUGAUGGAGGAGCUGAGGGGCAUCAAGGCAGCGGUGAACCCCACGGAGGUGCUGCUCGUUGUCGAUGCCAUGACGGGCCAGGAGGCUGCCAGUCUGGUGGCGGCGUUCAACGCGGAGGUGAGCAUCACAGGCGCCAUCCUCACCAAGGUGGACGGCGACUCACGUGGCGGCGCUGCUCUCAGCGUCAAGGAGGUGUCGGGGCGGCCGAUCAAGUUUGUGGGGGAGGGCGAGACGAUGAGCGCACUGGAGCCGUUCUACCCGGACCGCAUGGCCAGCCGCAUCCUCGGCAUGGGCGACGUGCUCUCGCUCGUUGAGAAGGCGCAGGAGCUGAUGGACAAGGAGGACGAGGCGGAGGUGAGGAAGCGCAUCAUGGAGGCCAAGUUUGACUUCAACGACAUGCUCAAGCAGACGCGCAUGAUGGCGCGCAUGGGGUCCAUGGGCGGCAUGCUCAAACUCAUCCCCGGCAUGAACAAGCUGACACCGCAGCAGGUGCGCGAGGCAGAGAAGAGCCUCAAAGUCAUGGAGUCCAUGAUCGCCUCCAUGACCAACCAGGAGCGUGCGGACCCGGAGCUGCUUGCCAAGAGCCCGUCGCGCCGUCGCCGAAUCGCCAAAGGAUCAGGCAGAAGCCAGGAGCAGGUGAGCGCACUGAUCUCGCAGCUGUUCCAGAUGCGAGUGCGCAUGAAGGCCGUGGCCGACAUGGUGUCUGGCAAGGCCAUGCCCGCCAUUCCCGGCCUCGACACAUCCGGCGCCAAGAAGCCGCGCGGAGCGCCGGCGUUCGGGCAGUGGGCGGGGUACAUACCGGUGGGGCCGGCGGGGCGGAAGCGGCUCUUCUAUUGGCUCACGGAGUCCGUGGCGGCGCCUCUCACCAAGCCGCUCGUGCUGUGGCUCAACGGAGGUCCAGGGUGCUCGUCCAUCGGCUACGGUCUCCUGCAGGAGCUCGGGCCCUGGCGAGUGGCGGGCCCCGCGGGACGGCAGCUGCAGUUCAACCCGUACUCGUGGAACAAACUGGCGAACGUGCUGUUCCUGGACUCGCCUGCGGGAGCGGGCUUCUCGUACUCGCUGGCGGCCUCCGACCUCGCCACGGGCGACAACCAAACAGGUUUCCCCCCCGCCUCCCCGCUCCCUCUUCCCCCUCUCCCGCUCUUCCCUCCCUUCCUUCCGGUCCCCGUUCUACCCCUUCCCCUCUUGCCCGUCCCUCUCCCAGGACACGGUGCAGUUUCUGCGCGCCUUCCUCCGCCGCCACCCGCGCUACAACGGGCGCAAGCUGCUGCUGGCGGGGGAAGGUUUGCAGGUGAGGGGGGAAGGAGGGACGCAGGUGAAGCAGGAGGUACGCGGGGAAAGGGGAAUGGUACAAUGCGGACGCCAAUAUUGGUCUGCCCCUCCUUUAUCCCACCAUACGCCUCCUCCCCGCCCUUCCCUCUCCUCCCCAUUCUCCCAUUUGCCCCCCUUGUGCGCGCAGGUCACUACAUUCCGCAGCUGGCGGACGCGUUGGUGGCGAUGGAGGCGCGCCCGGCGCUGAGGGUGCGCAUGAGGGUGGGGGGCGUGCUGCUGGGCAACCCCUUCGUGCACGCGCGCGUUGACACCUCCUCGCGCGCGCGCUUCUUCCUCGACCACGGGCUGCUCUCCCCGCGCCUCUUCUCCCAGGCCGCGCAGGUAUACUAUAUCAUCCCCUGCCGCCCUGCUGUGUGCCCUGCCACUCUCUCUCACAUAUACGCGCCAGUGUGCCUCUCCCCCGCCUACCACUCCCUUCAGCUCAACACGCAACGCUUCCGCCUCUCUCGCCUCUUCACCUCCUCUCCCCGCCCCUCUACACCGCACUCCACCUCGCCUUCCGCCACCUCCUCCUCACCCUCCUCUUUACACCCUGCCUCACAAGCAAGAGGGGCGGGAGGGGGGCUGGUGGGGUCAAUACAGGGUCAGAGCGCAAGUGUAUGGGGAGGAGAGGGGGAGAGCGGAGAGGGGGGAACAGGUGCAGUGAGGGGAGCAGAGGGAGCAGCAGGUGCAAUGAGUGGCGUCGACGGGGAGGGGGAGGUGGAGGGGGCGGAGGAUGCGGGGGCAGCGAGCAGGGCGUGCAUGGACGUGUGGGUGCAGCGGUACCUGCAGUGGCCUCCCGUGCAGCGCGCCCUCCAUGCCAUGCCCGCUGCUGCUGCCGCCCAGCCGCACCACUGGGUGCCCUGCAGCGCAUCACUGCAGUACGCCAGUGCGGACAUGGAGGUCUCCAUGCUGCCCGUGCUGCACCGCCUGCUCGCAGCGCAAGUGCCCCUCUGGAUCAUGUCGGGCGACACGGACUCAGUGGUGCCGUUCACGGGCACGAGGCAGUGGGUGGCGGGGCUCAACCUGCCGCUGCUCGCCCCUCUCCACCCCUGGACGCUGCCCUCCAACCAGGUGGGGGGGUGGGUGACGCGGUACAAGGGCGUGACAUUCAUCACGGUGCGGGGGGCGGGCCACCAGAUCCCCACGGGGCGACCCGCGGCCGCCCUCACCAUCUUCCACCACUUCCUCCACGGCACCACGCUACACGCCCUGCCCUCCUUCUACCGACAGAGGGUGCAGGACACAGGGGGAGAGACAGAGGGUGCAGGACACAGGGGGAGAGACAGAGGGUGCAGGACACAGGGGGAGAGACAGAGGAAUCCCCCCAUCCCCUUCCCUGCUUCCCCCCCUCCGCUUCCCUGCUUCCCCUCAUCCCCUUCCCUGCUUCCUCCCAUCCCCUUCCCUGUUUCCCCCCCCAUCCCCUUCCCUGCUUCCCCCCCCAUCCCCUUCCCUGCUUCCCCCCCUCUCCUUCCCUGCUUCCCCUCAUCCCCUUCCCUGCUUCCCCCCAUCCCCUUCCCUGCUUCCCCCCAUCCCCUUCCCUGCUUCCCCCCUCCGCUUCCUGCUUCCCCCCAUCCCCUUCCCUGCUUCCCCCCAUCCCCUUCCCUGCUUCCCCCAUCCCCUUCCCUGCUUCCCCCCAUCCCCUUCCCUGCUUCCCCCCAUCCCCUUCCCUGCUUUCCCCCAUCCCCUUCCCUGCUUCCCCCCAUCCCCUUCCCUGCUUCCCCCCAUCCCCCACCCAGAAUCCCCCCAUCCCCUUUCCCUGCUUCCCCCCCUCCGCUUCCCUGCUUCCCCUCAUCCCCUUCCCUGCUUCCCCCCAUCCCCUUCCCUGCUUCCCCCAUCCCUUCCCUGCUUCCCCCCCUCCGCUUCCCUGCUUCCCCCCAUCCCCUUCCCUGCUUCCCCCCAUCCCCUUCCCUGCUUCCCCCCAUCCCCUUCCCUGCUUCCCCCCAUCCCCCACCCAGAAUCCCCCAUCCCCUUUCCCUGCUUCCCCCCCUCCGCUUCCCUGCUUCCUCCCAUCCCCUUCCCUGCUUCCCCCCCCAUCCCUUCCCUGCUUCCCCCCCAUCCCCUUCCCUGCUUCCCCCCCUCCCCUUCCCUGCUUCCCCUCAUCCCCUUCCCUGCUUCCCCCCCCAUCCCCUUCCCUGCUUCCCCCCAUCCCCUUCCCUGCUUCCCCCAUCCCCUUCCCUGCUUCCCCCCAUCCCUUCCCUGCUUCCCCCCAUCCCCUUCCCUGCUUCCCCCCCUCCCUUCCCUGCUUCCCCCCAUCCCCUUCCUGCUUCCCCCCAUCCCCUUCCCUGCUUCCCCCCAUCCCUUCCCUGCUUCCCCCCAUCCCUUUCCCUGCUUCCCCCCGAUCCCCUUCCCUGCUUCCCCCCAUCCCCUUCCCUGCUUCCCCCCAUCCCCUUCCCUGCUUCCCCCCAUCCCCUUCCCUGCUUCCCCCAUCCCCUUCCCUGCUUCCCCCCAUCCCCCUCCCUGCUUCCCCCCAUCCCCUUCCCUGCUUCCCCCCAUCCCCUUCCCUGCUUUCCCCCGAUCCCCUUCCCUGCUUCCCCAUCCCCUUCCCUGCUUCCCCCAUCCUUCCCUGCUUCCCCCCAUCCCUUCCCUGCUUCCCCCAUCCCCUUCCCUGCUUCCCCCCAUCCCCUUCCCUGCUUCCCCCCAUCCCCUUCCCUGCUUCCCCCCAUCCCCUUCCCUGCUUCCCCCCCUCCGCUUCCCUGCUUCCCCCCAUCCCCUUCCCUGCUUCCCCCCAUCCCCUUCCCUGCUUCCCCCCAUCCCUUCCCUGCUUCCCCCCAUCCCUUUCCCUGCUUCCCCCGAUCCCCUUCCCUGCUUCCCCCCAUCCCCUUCCCUGCUUUCCCCCAUCCCCUUCCCUGCUUCCCCCCAUCCCCUUCCCUGCUUCCCCCCAUCCCCCACCCAGAAUCCCCCCAUCCCCUUUCCCUGCUUCCCCCCCUCCGCUUCCCUGCUUCCCCUCAUCCCCUUCCCUGCUUCCCCCCAUCCCCUUCCCUGCUUCCCCCCAUCCCCUUCCCUGCUUCCCCCCCUCCGCUUCCCUGCUUCCCCCCAUCCCCUUCCCUGCUUCCCCCCAUCCCCUUCCCUGCUUCCCCCCAUCCCCUUCCCUGCUUCCCCCCAUCCCCCACCCAGAAUCCCCCCAUCCCCUUUCCCUGCUUCCCCCCCUCCGCUUCCCUGCUUCCUCCCAUCCCCUUCCCUGCUUCCCCCCCCAUCCCCUUCCCUGCUUCCCCCCCCAUCCCCUUCCCUGCUUCCCCCCCUCCCCUUCCCUGCUUCCCCUCAUCCCCUUCCCUGCUUCCCCCCCCAUCCCCUUCCCUGCUUCCCCCAUCCCCUUCCCUGCUUCCCCCCAUCCCCUUCCCUGCUUCCCCCCAUCCCCUUCCCUGCUUCCCCCCAUCCCCUUCCCUGCUUCCCCCCCUCCGCUUCCCUGCUUCCCCCCAUCCCCUUCCCUGCUUCCCCCCAUCCCUUCCCUGCUUCCCCCCAUCCCUUUCCCUGCUUCCCCCGAUCCCCUUCCCUGCUUCCCCCCAUCCCCUUCCCUGCUUCCCCCCAUCCCCUUCCCUGCUUCCCCCCAUCCCCUUCCCUGCUUCCCCCAUCCCCUUCCCUGCUUCCCCCCAUCCCCCUCCCUGCUUCCCCCCAUCCCCUUCCCUGCUUCCCCCCAUCCCCUUCCCUGCUUUCCCCGAUCCCCUUCCCUGCUUCCCCCCAUCCCCUUCCCUGCUUCCCCCCAUCCCUUCCCUGCUUCCCCCCAUCCCCUUCCCUGCUUCCCCCCAUCCCCUUCCCUGCUUCCCCCCAUCCCCUUCCCUGCUUCCCCCCAUCCCCUUCCCUGCUUCCCCCCCUCCGCUUCCCUGCUUCCCCCCAUCCCCUUCCCUGCUUCCCCCCAUCCCCUUCCCUGCUUCCCCCCAUCCCUUCCCUGCUUCCCCCCAUCCCUUUCCCUGCUUCCCCCGAUCCCCUUCCCUGCUUCCCCCCAUCCCCUUCCCUGCUUCCCCCCAUCCCCUUCCCUGCUUCCCCCCAUCCCUUCCCUGCUUCCCCCAUCCCCUUCCCUGCUUCCCCCCAUCCCCCUCCCUGCUUCCCCCCAUCCCCUUCCCUGCUUCCCCCCAUCCCCUUCCCUGCUUUCCCCGAUCCCCUUCCCUGCUUCCCCCCAUCCCCUUCCCUGCUUCCCCCCAUCCCUUUCCCAUCCCUUCCUGCUUCCCCCCAUCCCCUUCCCUGCUUCCCCCCAUCCCCUUCCCUGCUUCCCCCCAUCCCCUUCCCUGCUUCCCCCCAUCCCCUUCCCUGCUUCCCCCCAUCCCCCACCCAGAAUCCCCCCAUCCCCUUCCCUGCUUCCCCCCCUCCGCUUCCCUGCUUCCCCUCAUCCCCUUCCCUGCUUCCCCCCAUCCCCUUCCCUGCUUCCCCCCAUCCCCUUCCCUGCUUCCCCCCAUCCCCUUUCCUGCUUCCCCCCAUCCCCUUCCCUGCUUCCCCCCAUCCCCUUUCCUGCUUCCCCCCAUCCCCUUCCCUGCUUCCCCCCAUCCCCUUUCCUGCUUCCCCCCCAUCCCCUUCCCUGCUUACCCCCAUCCCCUUCCCUGCUUCCCCCCCUCCCCUUCCCUGCUUCCCCCCAUCCCCUUUCCUGCUUCCCCCCAUCCCUUCCCUGCUUCCCCCCAUCCCUUUCCCUGCUUCCCCCCAUCCCUUUCCCUGCUUCCCCCCAUCCCCUUCCCUGCUUCCCCCCAUCCCCUUCCCUGCUUCCCCCCCUCCGCUUCCCUGCUUCCCCCCAUCCCCUUCCCUGCUUCCCCCCAUCCCCUUCCCUGCUUCCCCCCAUCCCUUCCCUGCUUCCCCCCAUCCCUUUCCCUGCUUCCCCCGAUCCCCUUCCCUGCUUCCCCCCAUCCCCUUCCCUGCUUCCCCCCAUCCCCUUCCCUGCUUCCCCCCAUCCCCUUUCCUGCUUCCCCCCAUCCCCUUCCCUGCUUCCCCCCAUCCCCUUCCCUGCUUCCCCCCAUCCCCUUCCCUGCUUCCCCCCAUCCCCCACCCAGAAUCCCCCCAUCCCCUUCCCUGCUUCCCCCCCUCCGCUUCCCUGCUUCCCCUCAUCCCCUUCCCUGCUUCCUCCCAUCCCCUUCCCUGCUUCCCCCCCCAUCCCCUUCCCUGCUUCCCCCCCCAUCCCCUUCCCUGCUUCCCCCCAUCCCCUUCCCUGCUUCCCCUCAUCCCCUUCCCUGCUUCCCCCCAUCCCCUUCCCUGCUUCCCCCCAUCCCCUUCCCUGCUUCCCCCCCUCCGCUUCCCUGCUUCCCCCCAUCCCCUUCCCUGCUUCCCCCCAUCCCCUUCCCUGCUUCCCCCAUCCCCUUCCCUGCUUCCCCCAUCCCCUUCCCUGCUUCCCCCCAUCCCCUUCCCUGCUUUCCCCCAUCCCCUUCCCUGCUUCUCCCAUCCCCUUCCCUGCUUCCCCCCAUCCCCCACCCAGAAUCCCCCCAUCCCCUUUCCCUGCUUCCCCCCCUCCGCUUCCCUGCUUCCCCUCAUCCCCUUCCCUGCUUCCCCCCAUCCCCUUCCCUGCUUCCCCCCAUCCCCUUCCCUGCUUCCCCCCAUCCCCUUCCCUGCUUCCCCCCAUCCCCCACCCAGAAUCCCCCCAUCCCCUUUCCCUGCUUCCCCCCCUCCGCUUCCCUGCUUCCUCCCAUCCCCUUCCCUGCUUCCCCCCCCAUCCCCUUCCCUGCUUCCCCCCCAUCCCCUUCCCUGCUUCCCCCCCUCCCCUUCCCUGCUUCCCCUCAUCCCCUUCCCUGCUUCCCCCCAUCCCCUUCCCUGCUUCCCCCCUCCGCUUCCCUGCUUCCCCCAUCCCCUUCCCUGCUUCCCCCCAUCCCCUUCCCUGCUUCCCCCCAUCCCCUUCCCUGCUUCCCCCCAUCCCCCACCCAGAAUCCCCCCAUCCCCUUUCCCUGCUUCCCCCCCUCCGCUUCCCUGCUUCCUCCCAUCCCCUUCCCUGCUUCCCCCCCCAUCCCCUUCCCUGCUUCCCCCCCCAUCCCCUUCCCUGCUUCCCCCCCUCCCCUUCCCUGCUUCCCCUCAUCCCCUUCCCUGCUUCCCCCCAUCCCCUUCCCUGCUUCCCCCCAUCCCCUUCCCUGCUUCCCCCCAUCCCCUUCCCUGCUUCCCCCCCCCCGCUUCCCUGCUUCCCCCCAUCCCCUUCCCUGCUUCCCCCCAUCCCCUUCCCUGCUUCCCCCCAUCCCUUCCCUGCUUCCCCCCAUCCCUUUCCCUGCUUCCCCCCAUCCCCUUCCCUGCUUCCCCCCAUCCCCUUCCCUGCUUCCCCCCAUCCCCUUCCCUGCUUCCCCCCAUCCCCUUCCCUGCUUCCCCCAUCCCUUCCCUGCUUCCCCCCAUCCCCCUCCCUGCUUCCCCCCAUCCCCUUCCCUGCUUCCCCCCAUCCCCUUCCCUGCUUUCCCCGAUCCCCUUCCCUGCUUCCCCCCAUCCCCUUCCCUGCUUCCCCCCAUCCCUUCCCUGCUUCCCCCCAUCCCUUUCCCUGCUUCCCCCCAUCCCCUUCCCUGCUUCCCCCCAUCCCCUUCCCUGCUUCCCCCCAUCCCCUUCCCUGCUUCCCCCCAUCCCCUUCCCUGCUUCCCCCCAUCCCCCACCCAGAAUCCCCCCAUCCCCUUCCCUGCUUCCCCCCCUCCGCUUCCCUGCUUCCCCUCAUCCCCUUCCCUGCUUCCCCCCAUCCCCUUCCCUGCUUCCCCCAUCCCCUUCCCUGCUUCCCCCCAUCCCCUUUCCUGCUUCCCCCCAUCCCCUUCCCUGCUUCCCCCCAUCCCCUUCCCUGCUUCCCCCCAUCCCCUUCCCUGCUUUCCCCCAUCCCCCUCCCUGCUUACCCCCAUCCCCUUCCCUGCUUCCCCCCCUCCCCUUCCCUGCUUCCCCCCAUCCCCUUUCCUGCUUCCCCCCAUCCCUUCCCUGCUUCCCCCCAUCCCUUUCCCUGCUUCCCCCCAUCCCUUUCCCUGCUUCCCCCCAUCCCCUUCCCUGCUUCCCCCCAUCCCCUUCCCUGCUUCCCCCCCUCCGCUUCCCUGCUUCCCCCGAUCCCCUUCCCUGCUUCCCCCAUCCCCUUCCCUGCUUCCCCCCAUCCCUUCCCUGCUUCCCCCCAUCCCUUUCCCUGCUUCCCCCGAUCCCCUUCCCUGCUUCCCCCCAUCCCCUUCCCUGCUUCCCCCCAUCCCCUUCCCUGCUUUCCCCCAUCCCCUUCCCUGCUUCCCCCAUCCCCUUCCCUGCUUCCCCCCAUCCCCCUCCCUGCUUCCCCCCAUCCCCUUCCCUGCUUCUCCCCAUCCCCUUCCCUGCUUCCCCCCAUCCCCUUCCCUGCUUCCCCCCAUCCCCCUCCCUGCUUCCCCCCAUCCCCUCCCUGCUUCCCCCCCAUCCCCCUCCCUGCUUUCCCUCUCCCUCCUCCCUGCUUUCCCUCUCCCUCCUCCCUGCUUCCCCCCUCCAUCCCCAAUGCUUCCCCCAUGCCCCUCCUCUCCCUCGAUCUUGCCAUCUUUCCUGUCCCUCCCCAUGUGCCUCUCCAAUCCCUCCCCUUGUACCUAUCCUCUCCCUCCCCAUGUACAAUCGCAAAGAGGAGGGGGGACGCACGCGCAACAGGGGGGCAGCGCAGCAGACUUGUGUGCAAUCUCAGUGACCAUUCACCCUCUCUUGCAGACCUUUUUGGACUGCAUUCACAUCCGGAAGGAUGAGGGGGGACGCAGGUGCAACUAG